CGCCGAACAGGACCUAGACUAGGAUAGCUUCAUUUUCCCCAUCCCUCCCUCUCGUUUUUCUUUUCCCUUCUCUGUUUUUCGCUCUCUCAUAUUUACGUGAGAGACCAGAGCCCUGCAUUUGACAAAUACAAAUAUACUACCAACCACUACUACAGCCAUGGCAUCCGCAGGCAGCAGGAAGAAGAGCCCUGGCCUCCUGGAUCAGAUUGGAAAGUUCUUUGAAGGGGACAAGAAGAGGAAGAGCAAGGGAUCUUUCCGAGGAGCUCUCUCUCCGGGCCCUCAGAAAGCCUCUGCUGCCGCCCCACGUAAGCGCGGAGCAGAGAACGCUGUGGUCCACUUCUUCCGCACGAUCGUGUCCCCUGCCCCUCCCAAGUCUAGGUGGAGAGGACUGGCAGCCAAGAUGGGCCUGGGUGACCAGAAGUCACAGUCUGCUAAAGCUAAGAAGGCCAGUGCAGGGGACGGAAAAGGCUCCCUGACUAGGAUCUUCAAAAUGUGAUGAUAUCGGCAGCGGAGGAAGCAGGAGUGCUUCUCCAGCCAAACGCUGAAGUCCCUCUCUACAACCCCUUCCAACAGCACGAGGGCAGAUGUUCAAGAUCGCGGGGCUAAAGUAUUGAAAAAGAGGAAAAGAAGAAAAA